AUGUCAAACCAAAUUCGCACCAUCAACCCCGCGACCCAUGAGGUCAUCUUCGAUCAGCCUGGAACUUCCCUGGAAGAAGCUGGCAAGAUCGCCACCGCCUCGAAGCAGGCAUUCCAGUCUUGGCGCGCCGUGAGCCUGGAAGACAGAACUGCAAUUGUCAAGCGCGCUCUCCAGAUCAUUGAUUCCCGCAUUGAUGAGUUGGCGAAGGAGUUGACCACGCAGAUGGGCCGGCCUAUUCGGUACUGUGCUGGAGAGAUCAAGACUGCUGCGCUUCGCGCAGAGCACAUGAUUAAGAUUGCAAAGGAGAGCUUGGCUGAUUUGCCUGGUGAGCCGCAAGAUGGAUUCAGACGGAUGGUUAAGCAAGUGCCUCUGGGUCCUAUUCUUAUUGCCUCUGCUUGGAACUAUCCCUAUCUCACAACUGUGAAUGCCCUUAUUCCUGCUCUGCUGGCGGGUAAUACUGUGCUCUUACGCCCAUCCCCUCAGACUCCUCUCCUUGGUAACAGGCUAUCCGAGAUCUUCACCGAGGCAGGCCUGCCCAAAGACGUGCUCAGCAUCCUGCACAUUGGAAGCUUGGAUGCCCUGGACCAAGUUGCUCAGUUGCCCGAGAUUCAGUCUGUGUCGUUCACCGGAUCAACUGCUGGCGGUAUCCGGCUCCGCGAAGCCACUGCCAAGCAAAUUAAGCCUGUGAACUUGGAGCUCGGUGGCAAUGACCCCGCCUACGUGCGUCCCGACGUGGACGUUAAGAAUGUUGCCGAGAACCUGGUUGACGGAGCAGUGUUCAACUCCGGACAAAGCUGCUGCUCUGUGGAGCGCGUUUACGUCCAUGAGAAGAUUUAUGAUGAGUUUGUUCGCCAUGUGCAGGAGGAGCUUAAGGGAUAUAAACUAGGCGACCCCCACGACCAGACCACAACCACCGGGCCAGUCAUCUCCGCGCCGGCAAAACAAAAGAUUCAAUCCCACAUUGACGAUGCCCUGCAGAAGGGAGCCAUCGACGCUACCCCCGAGAACGCUUCCUUCUCCCUGGCCAAGACCAGCCAGAAGGGCAAUUUCCUAGCCCCAGUUGUCUUGACUAACGUCAACCACGACAUGGUUACCAUGAAGGAGGAGACUUUUGGUCCCGUUAUGCCUAUUAUGAAGGUUUCCAGUGAUGAAGAGGCUGUUGCCUUGAUGAAUGACAGCGACUACGGAUUGACUGCUAGUGUCUGGACGAAGGAUAUGGCUCGUGGUGAGGAGUUGAUUGAUCAGAUCGAAGCUGGAACGGUGUUUAUUAACCGUUGUGAUUAUCCUGCUCCGGAUCUUGCUUGGACUGGUUGGAAGACCUCUGGUUUGGGCUCCACACUUGGACCCCGUGGUUAUGAUGGAUUUGUGAAGUUGAAGAGUUAUCACAUUAAGGAUGCUUCUGCGUAG